CUUACAAGCGGGCACAUGACGGGCGUACUGUUUCCGGCUUAGAGUUCGCCCCGGGGUCCUUACAGCGCGGAUUAGCAUUCGCAACAAAAACACGUUUAUUUCUUCCCUUCAGACGACAAUAACCCGGGUUAAACAUGUCUGGCAGAGAAGGAGGUAAAAAGAAACCACUGAAGGCUCCCAAGAAACAGUCCAAGGAAAUGGAUGACGAUGAGGUGGCUUUCAAGCAGAAACAGAAGGAAGACCAGAAGGCCAUGGAGGCGUUGAAGGCCAAAGCUUCGGGGAAAGGACCUCUAACUAGCGGUGGCAUCAAGAAAUCAGGCAAGAAGUAAAACCCUAAUCUGGCGACGAUGUUUGUUUGCUCCCCGGCCUCACGUCCUGCGUCUGCGAUGUGUGUACGCUCACUGAGAAGACUCCAGUUUGUUUUUUUGCUCUGUUUAACACGAACCCCAUCCAACAAAAAAAAUAAAUAAAAAACGGCCCUGGUGUUGACCUCCGCCAGUGAAAAUGUACAAGAGAUGAAUUGAAUAAUUUAGAGGAUUUCCAGGACAGGGAUAUCUGUUGGUACACACAUCAUAACUCCUAAAGUAAAGUAAUUAGAGGUUUCACACUGUUGUGGAGGAACAGGUCACGCAGUCAUACACACCGACCAGAAUCCACAGAUCCAAUACAGAACUGAAGGUCGGCAGCUUUAGAAAUAGAAUAAACGUGGAACAAUCCUGAUUUGUACUGUAUUUAGUUUUGGUGAAACUUUAAACUAUCAGAAAACACAACUCACCCCAAUUCUUUUUUUUUUUCUUCAGUUUUUUGUUGUAUUGUAAAGAGGGAGAUACUAAUAAAGUUUUUGUAAUUA